AUGUCACUUCCAAUUGCUGUUUAUAGCCUUUCUGUCAAAGGAACUGAUGUUCCUGCUGUGGAGGAAUCCACAGAUGCAUCAAUUCACUUGACAAUGGCAUCCAUUGAUGCUAGUGAAAAAACUAACAAGGCCACAAGUCUUUGGGUAAAGGUGCGCCCCAGCAUGCCUGUGGACACAGAGGACGAUGAAGAAAUGGAUGAGCAAAUGAAGGAACUCCUUGAAGAAAGCCAGCGUGAGUUUGUUUUGUGCACCUUGAAGCCUGGCUCUUUGUUCCAACAACCUUUGAACUUGACCAUCACCCCUGGUGAUGAGGUUUUUUUCAGAACUACAGGAGAUGCUACUAUUCAUCUUUCUGGUAACUUCUUAGUGAACGAUGAAGAAGAAGAGCACGAUCAUAGUGAUGAUGAGGAAGAUGAUGAAGACUAUGACUUGUCUCCAAGUGAAGACGAUUUGGUUGACACCAUGAGUGAUGAAAAGAACGACGAUGAAGAGGACUCUGAGGAAGGUGAAGAAGAAGAAGAGUCUGAAGAAGACGAGUUGGACAAUGUUCCCGCCAAAAAGGCUGAGGAACCCAAGAAGAAGCGCGCUAACCAAGAGGAAACCGCUUCUCCUCAAAAAAACGAAAACAAGAAGCAGAAGACCGAGAAGCCCAACAAAGAGAAGAAGGUUGCUUUUGCUGAGAAGCUUGAGCAAGGCCCUACUGGUCCCGCCGCCAAGAAGGAUCAACAACAAGAGCAAAAGCAACAACCUAAGACUCGCACAUUGAAAGGUGGUGUUUCUGUUACUGACGUAAAAACCGGAAACGGUACCGCUGCUACUAAUGGCAAAAAGGUUGAAAUGCGUUACAUUGGUAAGCUUGAAAACGGAAAGGUUUUUGACAAGAACACCAAGGGUAAGCCCUUUGCUUUCCUUUUGGGUCGUGGUGAAGUCAUUCGUGGUUGGGAUAUUGGUGUCGCUGGUAUGAAUGAAGGCGGUGAACGUAAGAUCGUCAUUCCCGCUCCCAUGGCUUACGGUAACCAGAGCAUUCCUGGUAUUCCCAAGAACUCAACUUUGGUCUUUGAAGUUAAACUCGUCCGUGUACAAUAA